UUUAUAAUAAGACACAUGUGUUGGAAUAACUCUCUAACAUAGCUUCUUGUGCAGGAAGUUUUGACAGUUAGCAAAGAAUACAAAAUGAACGAGCAUGGCGUUAGGUAGCUAGCGGCAGCAAACGCAGCAGCCAGGUUCGGCGCUUGGUUUUCACGUUCAGAUUCAGAAUUAUAACUUGUUACCAUGACGACGGCGAUGAUGACUUACUGUCACCAGUUUUGGGUUAACAGAAAUAACAUAGAGAACAUAUAUUUUUAAUUCACGAUGUGUUUUUUAACGUUUACAUUAAGCUGAGCUUGAUUUAAGACCUGAAUUGUUUUAGAUAAUGUUGUAAAGUAGUAAGCACAGGUGUAAACACUAAAAUUAAUGAUAGGAGAACUCCGUUCAGCUGUUUCAGUUUCAGUGUCGCCGUACUGUGUAUACUCACUCAUUGUCAUGACUGGGACCGCUGAAUAAAACAGCCAGGCUUCAAGUCUUCAAAGGUCUAAUCAGACAGAAGAAUUGAAAACACCUGUGUGUAAUGCGAGCUCCUCUGAGGUGGGUGCUAUGGGAUGUGAAGGACACCCUGCUCAAGGUGCGUUUGUCUGUGGGAGAGCAGUACUGCAAGGAGUCUGAACGAAUGGGCCUGAGCCUCAGUCCCACGGAGGUCGACGCUGCUUUCCGCCAGGCGUAUCAAAGUUACUCCCGCAGAUACCCAAACUAUGGCAUCGCACAGGGCCUGGACGGACAGUCAUGGUGGAUGGGGGUGGUGCGGGACACUUUCUCUCAGUGCAGGGUGCAGGACCCAGCCCUGCUAAAUACAAUGGCUCACAACCUUUAUCAUAAUUUUAGCAACGCAGAGAACUGGGAGGUAUUUCCAGACUCAAAGACAGCCCUGGAGAGUUGCUCUUCUCUAGGUUUGAACCUGGGUGUGGUAUCCAACUUUGACAACCGCUUGGAAGCAAUUUUACGUGUUUGCGGCCUUCUUUCUCACUUCAGCUUUUUGAUAACUUCAGAGGAAGCAGGUGUAGCAAAGCCCAGUCCAGUCAUCUUUAAUCAGGCACUGCAGAGAUGUGGUGUACCAGCUGCCAGCGUAGCUCACGUCGGGGACCACUAUGUGAAUGAUUACCUCACCUCACGGGCUGUGGGCAUCCACGGGCUCCUGCUAGACAGACACAACAAGCACUUCCAACGCAACGUUCCUGGAGAGCAUCGGCUCAGCUCUCUGGAGGAGCUGCCAUCACGGCUUCAGCAGCACAUGGACUGAUGCCAAACAGUCAUGGGCUCAAGCGCAAAGCUACUCAGUCUAACUGUUGUUCAGUUAAGGAACUCGUUGCUGGGAUGUAGCCAUGUUGACUUGAGUGAACUUGUCACAUAACAGACUUAAUGUCCCUGACAGAAAUGUAUAAAGAAAAAUCCAGAAUAAUAUAUAAACUGCAUGUUGGUAAAAUGUUGCUGCAUGUUGGUGUAAAUAAAUAUUUAUUAACUGGGGAAACUCA